AUGAAGCAGGACCCAUCUCACCUGCAGCCCCUGGCCCUGACAGUCUGUCCCCAGCCUCUCCAGAUGGUGAAAGUGGCCCAGGGCUUGAUCCAGCCAGCCUGGGUGCCCUUGGAGGAGCAGACAGUGCUGCUGAAGGUGUUCAGCCCGCCCUGGGUGCUGGCACUGGGGUCCUUCCUGCUGCAGGAGAAGGGGCAAGUGAAGGGGCUGGUGAUAGGGGUCUUCAUCACCUGGGAGGACAGUGGUGCCAAUACUGAACUUUCCAAUGGAAAACUGAGCCAAGUCAAUGUGGUGGAGGUGCCUGGAGGAGCCUCGGUGAAUGGGGGACCUUCCCCUGGUGCCAGCCUGGUCCCAGUGGCUCCAGACAACAGCGGUGUUUCCAGUGGCAUGACCACCUCCGUGGCUGGUUCUCUGCUUCUCCCUGGACAGGGGCUGAGCUCGGGGCUGGCACCCAAUGGGGGCCCCAACUCUGCACCAAGCACCCAGAGUGGGAGCAGCCCCCUGCUGCCAGGGCCACCAGGUGGGCUGCCAGAAGAAGCUGAAAGUUCUCAGUCGUGGUCUCUUGAAGAUGAGGUGGCCUCAGGCAUGCCAGCACCUUUGGGAGGAGCAUCCCCUCAUGCUCCCAUGUCCCCCAACGCUGCCCAAGUGCCACCUUCUGCUCCACAGAGAGGAGAUUCUGCCAGCCCUGGGCUUUCGGCACGAGCAGCCUCUGUCACCUCCCGCGCGUCGUCCCCCGUGGUUCCAGCUCCACCAGCAGUGCCAGCGCCUGCCCCAGCCCUGCUGCCCAGCCCUGCAGAUCCAGCUGUGCCCCUCUAUGGGUACGGAGCAAGAGAAAAUGAUCAGGAGUAUGUGGAAAGGAGAGUGGAUUUUAAUUCUCCACUUUUCAAGCCCGAGACUGGAUUCCCAUUUGGGAAAACCUUGCGCAGCUCUCUCUACUUCACAGACAAUGGACAGAUCAUUUUCCCAGCCUCAGACAACAACAUCCUCACGUACCCCAGCCCUCCUCCCAGUGGCUUCAAUGGCCACGAGGAGGUCCCCAUGAUCGCCGUAUUUUGGGACGACGCUGACUUCUCCAGAGGUGUUGGCACCACCUUUUACCAGGAGUUCUCCACCCUCAACACGGCCAAGCCGCCGUUCGUCCGUGACGUGGAAGCCAAGGUCCGGCGGUACCUGAGGUCCUCCUACUCUGCAGUCUGGACCCUGAAAAUCACCUGGGAGAGGGCACCGGUCCACGCAGCAAGGACUGACACCCGCAAGACAAUCACGUACCAGGCUGUCCUGACCACUGAUGGCUUCAGGUCCUACAUCCUGAUGCUGUACCAGGACGGAGGCAUGCAGUGGGAUUACACCAGGCUCACUUCCCCCAAUGUGCUCAUCGGCUACACCAGUGGGGAUGGCUUUUACCACAACGAUGACCUGACUAAGAGACCUCCAGCUGCUAAAUACCGCCCUGACCAGUUCAGGGGCUACAACACAGACCUCCGUGGGUUGUGGAUUUACAAGCUGGAGAGCCGCGUGGGCAUCAACUACCGGCUGAAGUGCCUGGCAUGGACAGGACGGCAGCAGGAGCCCCAGGCAUGGAGCCACGGCCUGCCCACCUGCCCCUGCUCCCUGCAGCAAGGGCAGCAGGACCCACGCUUCAAGAGCAGCUAUGGAGGCAAGUGGGGUGCCCGUGUCUCCAUGCUGCACUCGGCCUCCCCCAACCAGCACGGCGCCGGCGUGCGCUGCCUGUACGACAGCCAGAGCCAGCUCAUCGAGGGGCGCCAGGAGAGGUACUGGAGGAACUCCAGGCAGGCCUCACCCUACCGUGACCAGGAGCUGAAGCUGUAUGACUGGUGCUGCAAUCGGGCGGGCAGUGCCCACCUCUGCGCCCGCUACAGCGAGAAGAGGCCCAAGAUUGGCUGUGAUGGAUACCAGUCAGCCAGCACGGAUUCCUCGGAGGAGGCAGAGUCUGACUCAGAUGAGCAGAUAGAUGGAGAGGACAAGUAACUGGGAGGUUGCACACCUGCAGCACGUUCUGGGCCACGGCUGAUCCUCCAAGCCCUUUGAUCUGCUCUUCCCUCGUGUUCCCCCACAGAACCCAUCACCCCUGCCCACCACGCAGGGCAGCUCACUUGGCCAGUGCCUGCAGCUGCCUGCCCUGGCACAGGUUCACAUUUCUAACCCAGGCUUGUCCCAAGGAUUCAGUUGCUUUCGUUGUCCUUUCCCAGAUGCAGCUGGGGGGCAGAGCUGGUGGGGAGGUAGGCAGGUACCCCCCACUGCACACACCUUCCCACAUCCCACUGUGCUCCCAUGCUGCAGGGUGAGGCUGGACCCCUCGGAAAGGGUUAAACACCACACCUGGGUUAACUGUGGCCAAGCCCUUAAAUGCCAGGGUCCACCAGGCUUGUCCUGUGAGCCUGUCCUGUCUUGUCCCCCACUUCUGUUUCCCAGCCAUCCCUCCCUGAGUGGUCCCUGGGCCCUGUGCUCAGGAGAAGGGACAAUUCUCCAGAUCAAGCCAGAAUCAGAUCAAUACGUCUGCUGGGUGUGUGAGGGCAAAAUGCAACCCCAUGAUCAGAAAUGUUGGAUCAAAAAUAAUUUUUUGUGUGUAAGAGAGCAUCUUCCUUUCUUAAAAAAAAUAAAUCAUUGUCAAAUCUUGUUUGUUCAAUAAGA